ACCCACCUCACAAUUCUCCUCUAAAAAGGCACAUCAUCCCUUCAAUGUGACACCAUGCCCUAAACCCUAGUCUAGCCAUGGCUGCAAACAAGCUCUCCACGGCCAUUUUCGUCGUCUCCAUCCUCUUCUUCACCACACUCUCUAGUGCUUGUGGCCCAUGCAUGCCCAAACCACCCCCCAGUUGCCCUAGAGACACAUUGAAGCUCGGAGCCUGCGCGGACCUUCUCGGAGGGGUGGUUAACCUAGUGGUCGGAACCCCUCCUUCGAGCAAGUGCUGCAGUUUGCUCGAAGGGUUGGCAGACCUGGAAGCCGCGGCUUGCCUUUGCACUGCCAUUAAGGCCAAUGUGCUUGGAAUCAACUUGAACGUGCCCAUUACGCUUAGCUUGCUAAUUAGUGCAUGCGAAAAAUCCAUUCCUCCGGGCUUUGAAUGUUGAUAGAGAGAAAUUAAUGGUAGUUUUAGCUAUGUUUUUUACAAUUAUAUUGUGUGUGCGUUGAGCUUUAGCUUGUUUGAGUACUGUGUUGCAUGCAGGUAUGUCAUUGUUGUUGUUACCAGUUGUUUGGCUUUGUGAAUGGUGAUAGGGAUGUGGAGGUCAUGGUUACUUUAUACUUAGGGUUGAUGUGUGAUUUGUUUUAAUAGCCUUGGUGUCUUGUGUCAUGGUUUUCUUUUAUUAUUGUUAUUAUUAUAAUUCAAUAAAUUCUGAAUCAUGGCUUUUUUUUA